GUAGUAAAGCUUGUCAGGAUUGAGCGGCGUGUCGCAGUUGAUGUUGUGGUGAAGUUUGUAAUUGGUUAAAGAUCCUGGCAUUAACAAACAGGCGAGUGACUGAGUCUUCGUGGUGGUUUGGAAUGUAUGAAUGGAUAGUUGAUGGACUAUCGUCGUUGUUUGUUCCGUUUUCUGUGUUUUCUGGAGGGAAUUCGCCGAGCUGGCCUACGGACGGUAACCACCAGCCGCCGCCAACACCACCACGAGACGCGGUCACUUCUGAAAAACAACCACAACAACAGGAAAACUACCGACCUGCUAAACGAAACUAUCAAAGUGUCCACUGUCCUGAUGGUGUAUCGGAGCACGUGGAAAUCAAAAGACCAAGACGAGAUGUGAUCGUCCGAGUCGUCAAGAAGACUUUCGCUGGGAUUGCAGGGCUGCUCCGUUUGCGACGACGCAAGCCGUGCCGUUAUGAAAACGAGAGAGAGGGUAGAGAGAAGCAGAUCGGACAUGUUGCUCUAGUGGGAAUUGAUGAAAUUCACAGCAACGGCCUGAAUAAGUGGAUGAUUGGUGGGGAUGUUAAAAUGGAUAAACAGAGAGAAAUGGGGCCGAGUGGUAAGGAGAGGAGCGUGCCAAACUUCUGUGUAGGUGCCCAGCCUCUGAUAAGGAAACCUGAAAGUGGAUCGGUAUUAUUUAAGGGAAACCAGGACAGGCAGAGAGAGCGUCCACACAGGAGGUCACUACACCUGCUGCCGUCACGUCCUGUCCUCCCUGAGACGGAACCCCCCGGCCGCGCACACAAACCCUGCCUCGCCGUGGAGGAGGUAGGGGGACACCAGGCCCUGAAGGAAAGCGACAGGGAGCACUACAGGAAGCUGGUGGAGAUGGUGUCUGAGAAGUACUCGAAGAAUAAACCGCUGCCGUUUGGACGAGUAAAACCACCAAACACAACUUUUCCUCAUGGCCGUACCACUCCUGAGGUCAGCAAACCGACACCCAUCAAAGUGAACCCUCAUACACCAGUGUGGAGGAAUUCCUCUUUAAUAAACCAUGUAAAAGACAGUGCACAAGUCAGCGAUGUCGGGAGGAAGAAACCAGACCAACCUUUGAAAAAAGGCAGGCUGUUAGACGUGGAUUUGUCCGUCGAGGUAGAAACCCGGCUGAACCUGAAGGACCGCGAGUCGGCUGUGCAGACGACGCGCUCUGAACCUGACGCAGGGAAACACCUGGAGGAGGAGUUUCCCAGACUGACCAAGGAGAUGCUUCAGGAGGUGAGUGCUGCUCUCGCACAGAGAGAUCCUGACCUCAUCCUGAGCAGCGCUUUCAAACUGCGCAUCACUCAGAGAGACCUGGCAACCCUGCAGGAGGGAAGCUGGCUCAACGACGAGGUGAUUAAUUUCUACCUUAACCUGGUGAUGGGACGGGCGGAGCAGGAAGCAGGCAGGAGGAAGGUGUACUGCUUCAGCACCUUCUUCUUUCCUAAGCUGCACGGCGGUGGCCACGCUGCAGUGCGCCGCUGGACCAAGGCUGUCGACCUCUUCCUCUACGAAAUCAUCCUCAUCCCCCUGCACCUGGGGGUCCACUGGUCUCUCGCUGUUGUUGACUUCAGAGCGAAGUCUGUGAGGUCGUACGACUCCAUGGGUCAGAGGCAUGAUGACAUCUGUAACCUGAUACUGAUGUACUUGAAGGAGGAGUACGAGAUCAAGAAAAGCAAAGAUCUAGAAAUCUUAAAGUGGACCGUGACCAGCUUGCGAGCCACUGAGGUUCCUCAGCAGAAGAAUGGAAGUGACUGUGGUGUAUUUCUGUGCAAGUAUGCCGACUACAUCGCACGUGGACGCCCGUUUACCUUUAGACAGUGUCACAUGCCGUAUUUCCGUAAACUGAUGAUCUGGGAGAUUCUGAAUCAGAAGUUGCUGCAGCAGUAGGAGGGCAAGAAAAUAAACGAAUAAAAACCCAAACUGACCAAAGCACCAGACCACACAACGUUCAUCCUCCAUGUUUCUCUCCAGACGCCUGCUUGUCUGCUUCUGUUCUGCCCUCGCCCCUGACCGGUUUGUUUAGACGGGUGGGUGGUGGUGUUUAAAUCACAGGUGUGUGUGUGUGUGUGUGUGGGCUUAGAGGAUGAAGGUUUGGGUUAGAUGGUGAACCACAUAAUUAGUACAUGGAUUAAAAAAAAAUUGUUAAUGAAGCAUUUGUCAUUCCUAGAAUUGUCUAAUCGCCCUUUGUGUGUGUGUGUGUGUGUGUGUGUGUGUGUGUGAGGCUCUUGUGCUCCCUUUCUUGACUUUGAGACAUGAUUAAAGGAGUAUCUGAAUGUACACUAAUGUAUAAAAGUGCAGGACAGCCGUUUUUUUUUUUUAAAUAAAUGUGUACAAUAACGAUCCCUAAGCGGACUGAACCUAUUGUAGUAUUUUUUUUUUCUUUAACUACCAAAUUUGAACAAGGAACAAAACAAAGAUGUAUUUAUUCCCACACACGUGUGAGUCUUAAUUCAAUUGGAUGUAAAAAUGUUUUUUUUCUUUCAUAGCAAUCACAGGCAAUGACGGAAUUGAAUGUAUGUACGAAUUUACGGUACCUGAGCUGCAGAUUGCAGUGAGAGCAGCAGUAUUUAUCGCGCGUGGUUAAGUCCAGAGUGCCUUGAUGAUGGGUUUUCGUCCUAAUAAUAAUAAUAAUUUAUUAUUAUUAUUAUUAUUAUUUUUUUUUUUCUACUAAAUCUACAGGAGUCAAAUAGAUUUACUUAAAUACACUAUUUGUGAUACUGGAGGGGUGUGUGUGUGUGUGUGUGUGUGUGUGUGUGUGUGUGUGUGUCUGAAAUGAAACCUUACUGAGGUAUGUACAAUAUGAAGAGUGCGAUGAUGAAGCAGAUACCUUUUUUUUAAUAUAUAUAUAUAUUCGAUUUGGAUUAUAUGCUGUAUUUGUAAUGCAAGUAUUUGUUUUCUUUUUCCAAACUGGAAGUGUGUAAUGAAUGCCAAACAGUUAUGGUUAUUGUUUUAGUUCUCUCAAAUAGUGCAUGGUCAAGGAAAGCCCUUUAAAAGGAGCAACAAGUAGCAUUAUUUAUCUCUGGCCUGCCAAUUAUUAUUGCGUUAUGAAAAGCAGUUUUGUUUGGGUCAUUCCCCCCCCCCCCAAUAACCCCACCAGUAAGUAGAGUGGAGAUGCUAAAUUGCCUCUGUGUGUGUGUGUACACGUGUGCAUGGUGUCUUGUGAUGUGUCGUCCUGGCGUCCCAGGUGUAUUCCUGCCUCACUCUUAGUGUUCCCGGGAUAAACUCCGGAUCUGCAUCCACCGUGUUCCUGACCAGGCUUACUCAAAAUGAGCGAAUGACUCAGUAUAGUCGUAGUUCGAUGCCCGGCUGAUUCAGAAUCAGUAUACAGCAGGUAGAAAGAGACCUUUUCAUCCCCUUCAUCUCUUCUCACCAUGCAACAUUCCGUUCUUUGUUCGCUUUAAUCCGGAUAUUUCAGAUUUUAGUGAAAAAUUCUACUUUUUGCUCCUUUCUUUUCUUAUGCAAACGUUAUUUAUGACCUGACACUUCCUUUAUUUGUUUAAGCUGGACUAUUAGUGUUAUCUAAUCUGUUUGUGAUGUGUAAGAUUUAAGGGGUGUGUGUGGUUUAUAAGUUGAACUGAGAUUUCAAUGCCUACUGUAUGUGUUUUUUUUUUUUUUUGUUCAUGAAGAAAGUUGGUAAUUAUUUUUAUAAAGAAUAAAGUACUGGAGUGAAAA